AUGGACCUCCUCCAAAGCCACGAGGAGCAGAUGGAGCUCCUCAAGCAGGCCGCAGAGCUGCUGCAGAACUGCUCUCUGGGGCAGGAUGGGUCGCUCAAUAAGGGGGCGCCGCUGCAGCUCGGGCGUGGGCAGGAGCCUCUGGGGGUGGCAGAGCUCAUGGGCAAGCUGGAGCAAGCGCUGGGCGCAAGCACCCCCAAGACCCGCGAAGAGUUUUCGGACGCGGCGCACCUCCGCCCCAACACCCCCGACGUGCCCGCCCGCCCCCGCGGCGGCGCGGGGCCCCCGGGGUCGCCCGCGCCCGCUGUGCGGUUCGUCCAGCUGCAGACCGGCGGGCAGUCCGCGACGAGCCUCGGCAUCGCGCCCGGCGGGCGGCGGAGGCGUCUGGCUAUGAAGGCCGCGAUGGCCACCAGCGCCAGCGGCCUCGACCCCGCCGUCUACUGCAAGACGGUCGUCCUGGAGUGUGGCGGGCAGCAGCCCACGAGCUUCGGGCUAGGUCCUGGGGAGCGCAAGGGCGACUACGCGCGCUCGCGGAUGCUGGCUGCAAAGGAGGCCGGCGCCUGA